GAAAGCCCUCUUCAGCCUACGCAUGGAGAAUGAGGAGCUGAAAUCUCACCAGACAGAGAGACAGCCAGAGACAGACCUUAGGCAUGAACAGAUUCUUCUGGAGGAAGAGGAGGAUGAAGAAGAGGAGGAGGAGGAGGAGCUGUGUGGGUCUGAGCUGUGGGAGGCCUGGGAUGAUGAGUGUCCGUCCCAGGGGAAGUGCUGUGCCCUCAGGCCCACCCUGAGAGACCUUAGCCUAGGGAAGAGACACUGCACUAGGCCUGUCUCUCUGGACCUGGGAGCCCUGCUGUCCCACUCCAUACAGGUAGGGGGAACCACCACACACCAAAUAAUACUCUAAUAAUGUGUGAUACUGUAUAUAGAUAGAUCAACUGUUCGUGUUUUUUAGGCCUGAAAUGAAUAUCUGCAUCUCUAUGGAUGUAACAUUGCUCUGGUCUUGUGUUGCAGGAUGAGGAUGGUGAGGAUGAUGAGGAGGCAGGAGGAGAGGCUGGAGGCAGGCGGCACAGCGCCACGGAGACGGGGAUGGUUGAGAAGGCUGUACAUCUGCAGCUAGAGAGCAACGAGCUGAAGGAGAGACUCAUGGUGUCUGAGGCCACGGUGCAGGCCCAGGCUGAACAGAUCAAAGACUAUAGAGACCUACUGAGUGAGUCAACCACACAUACACCCUCAUCACACAUAUACCCUCAUCACACAUAUACCCUCAUCACACAUAUACCCUCAUCACAAAUACACCCUCAUCACACAUAUACCCUCAUCACACAUAUACCCUCAUCACACAUAUACCCUCAUCACACAUAUACCCUCAUCACACAAAUACCCUCAUCACACAUAUACCCUCAUCACACAUAUACCCUCAUCACACAUAUACCCUCAUCACACAUAUACCCUCAUCACACAAAUACCUCAUCACACAUAUACCCGCAUCACCACAUAUACCCUCAUCACACAUAGUACCCUCAUUACCAUACACCCUCAUCACACAUAACCCUCAUCACACAUAUACCCUCUCACACAUAUACCCUCAUCAACCAACAUAUACCCGCAUCACACAGUUUUUCCCCCAAAAAAAACCCCCCCCCUUUUCCCCCCCUUUUCCCCUUUUUCCCCCCCCCCCUUUCACCCCCCCCCCCCCCUUUCCCCCUUUCCCCCCCCCUUUUUUUUUUUUCCCCCCCCCCUCCCCCCUUUUCCCCCCCCCCCCCCCCCAAAAAAAAGGUUUUACCUUUUUUUUUUUGUUCUUUUUUCCCCUCUUUUUUUUUUUGGUUUUCCCUUUUUUUUUCCUUCCCCCCCCCCUCCCCUUUUCUUUUUUCCCCCCCCUUUUUCCCCCCCCUUCCUCCCCCCCCCCCAAACCUCUUCCCCGGUUCCCCCCCCCUUUUUUUUUCCCCCUUUCUUUCCCCCCCCAACCCCCUUCCCCCUUUUUCCCCCCCCCUUUUUUCCCUUUCCCCCCUCCCCCCCCCUUUUUCCCCUUUUUUUUUUUUCCCCUCUCUCCCCCUUUUUUCCCCCUUUUUUUCCCCCUUCCCCCCCUUUUUUUUUUUUUUUUUUUUUUUUUUUCCCACUUGUGGUCGCAGUGAGAACGAGGCUGAGCGGGAGGAGGCCAGCAGCCCAGGUGCAGCAUUUACUAUUACUCUAUGUCCUUAACACUACAAACACCUGCAGGUCAUCUUUACACUGAAGUACUGCUGUACUCUUUUGGGAGAUUAAAACAAUCUGCUAUGGUUUAGUAAAACCACAAGAGGGCAGCAUAUCAGUUGUCUAACCCACGUCCCCCUAUUCCCCUCAGAGUUUGACGAUCUGGAGAUGUCCACAUCUCUGGAGUGCAGCGGCGCUCAGUGGUGGUCAGGCACUAUGCAUCCUGGGAAGGCCGGUCCUCCAACAUCAACCUCCGAGGCUGACAACAUAACAUCUCUCCAGCGAUUGGUUGAGGACCUUCGCUCGCAGCUCUCCCGCUCUCAGACAGUGAUCCGGGGCCUCCAGGGCCGCCUGCGCUCUCUUUCUACCCCCAGCGAACCCUCCAACGGCCCCUCCACCCCCCGCAAGGUCAACUGGGGUGUCCAGUUUUCCCCGGCCUUUGCCCCACAGAGCGGGGCCCAGGAGGACGAGGGCUGGGGGUCAUCUUGGGGGUGGUCUGGGGCCCUCCCGCGCCCCCCCCCAAAAUACAAGGGCCUUUCCCAAACUGGUGGGCCCGCGUGGGAGCCCUGGAGGACCGCUGAGAAAGGCCAAAGGGGCCCCCCGGGCCCCCUUGGGGGGGGCAGGCUUUCCACCCCCGGCCGGGGG